GUAACGUUCAAGUCUCCUGCGCCGUGAAGAUGACUUACCACUGCGUCCUGGAUGAUGAUCUAAUUGCGCUUGACUGUAGCUGGAGGUUGUCACAGACCCCGCUUGGGACGACCUCUGCGCCGCGGUUGCCUAAGGGCCUGAACGCACCUCUUCAACAGCUGCCGCAGAGUACACGACCGACCUUCUUUCACCGCAAAAUAUCCUUUCAGAAACAACAACUAUCUCAAUAGCCCUGUCGCGUUGUUCUAGCACGUCAGUCCCGUGACAGCGCGUCAUCGCGCUACUGAAAUAUCCCCCACAUCGCAGGGCUGCCCACCUCUACCUCUACAGCGACCGACCGCCACCAACACCAUGACGACCACAGGAGCGGAUUCGCCGAUGCGUAGCUCGCUCGGUAUGACCAUGCGCAACCACAACGAAUAUUCUUAUCGGCUUCCCACGCCGCCCCGGGUUGUUGUACCUCCACCGACUCUAUCCACCGACAUGCCGGGUCUCGUGGUUGGGACUGGGUCCGGGGGCCUUGACAUAAGCUUCCUCAAAGAUAUGGCUUUGGAAGACAUCGUCCAGAAGAACACUUUGAUUGACUGGGCAUACGAGCGGCGCCGGCAAGCACAGAUGAUCCUGCCGUGGUUGUUUCUGGGGCCCAUGGUUGCAUCUAAGGACAAAGACUUCUUCGCACGCGACGGGAUUACCAUGGUGCUCGCAAUCCGUUCCCGCGAUGGUAGCAUGAGCGGCGCCUUGCAAGCAGCGCGCGACGCCGGUCUUACUGUGGCUACAAUCGAAGCACCGGCCUAUCACGACCUGAUCAGGCGAUUUGGCGACACAACACGGAUUAUCAACGAGCACGUUGCGGGGGUUCGUCAGCACGCUCUUGAAAAAACAGGGCAGCCCACACUUGGCAAGGUUUUGGUCUUCUGCGAGUCUGGCAACGAAAAGUCGGCCGCCGUGGUCGCCGCAUACCUCAUGGAGAUCCUCGACAACUUUGACUACAUCAAAGCGAUGCAAGUCUGCCAGGCCCAGCGCUUCUGUGUCAACUUCGACGAUACGAUUAAGAACAUCCUUCGAUCCUACUGGGACGUCCUCCAGGCUGCACGUUCGGUUUCGAGCUUCAAUGCGCAGCAAUACCAAGUGAACAACUUCGCCAAAUUCGGCCAGCGUGCUUCCCAUUUGCAGCCUUCUUCGACAGUAAGGUCCAAGCGUUCCAUCGAGGACACGCGUGACGACGAUGAUGUGGCCAUGGAGGACAGCCUGGACCCCUCGGAUGCUCUUCGUUUCCAAGGUCGCGACAAUACUCCCUUCCAGAACUCUUAGGCGACUCUGGUAGCUACAUGAGGUCCGGCAAAUUUUCAUAAAGCGGCGUUUUUUUACAUGAUACCCUGCAUGGCUAUUGGCGUUUUCUAUCGGCGAUGCAUAUGCAUUGAGGGAGCAACAAGCAGCAGACGCUACGCAAUCGCGAGUUUGAAGCUGCGUUUUCUGGGCCCAGCUCGGUUUCAAUUGGCCAUAAUAGGCACGAGUUACUAAUUAAAC